AGAGAGAGAGAGAGAGAGAGAGGAAGGGAGCCGGGGCAGGAGAGGGAAAAGGGAGAAGAAGGAAGAGAACAUAAAAAUUGGAGCAGCACGAUAAAUAGAAGCACGAGAAGAGACACAGAGAGAGAGAGAGAGAGAGAGAGAGAGAGAGAGAGAGAGAGAGAGAGAGAGAGAGAGAGAGAGAGGAAGGGAGCCGGGGCAGGAGAGGGAAAAGGGAGAAGAAGGAAGAGAACAUAAAAAUUGGAGCAGCACGAUAAAGAGAAGCACGAGGAGAGAGAGAAGAAAGAAAGAGAGGAGACAAAGGAGCAACAAGAGGGGUAAGAGGAAAUGAAAGGGAGGGGCUGGAGCAAGAAGGCGAUCAGAAGGACAAGAGAGCGAGGAGGAGGAAGGAACAAGGAGGAAGAAGAGCCGGAAGAAGAGGAAGAGGAGGAAGAGGAGGAAGAGGAGGAAGAGGAGCAGGAGGAGGAGGAGGAGGCAAAUUGUAUGACAACGGAGACCACUGCGAUGAGAAGAGUAGGGACAGAAAAGGAGGAGGAAGAAAAGGAGGAGGAGGAGGAGGAGGAGGAAGAAAAGGAGGAGGAGGAGGAGGAGGAGGAGNAGGAGGAGGAGAAGGAAGACGAAGAGGAGGAGAAGGAAGAUGAGGAGGAGGAGAAGGAAGAUGAGGAGGAGGAGAAGGAGAAGGAAGCUGAGGAGGAGGAGGAGAAGGAGGAGAAGGGAGAUGAAGAUGAGGAGGAGGAGGAGAAGGAAGACGAGGAGGAGGAGAAGGAGAAGGAAGAUGAGGAGGAGGAGGAGGAGGAGGAGGAGGAGGAGGAGGAGGAGGGAGAUGAAGAGGAGGCAGAACAGCAAAGAUGACCGCGGAAGAGGGGAGGGGAGGAAGCACAGGAGAGGAGGAGGAGGAGAUCGUAAAAGAGAGAGACGAUCAAACACACCUCGAGCGGCGGGAAAUUCCAAAUACUGGCGGGAAAUUCCAAAUGGUGGCGGGAAAUUCCGAAUAGUGGCGGGGAAAAAAAAAAAAAGGGGGGGGAAAAAAAAAAAAAAAAAAGGGGGGGGGGGGGGGGGGGGGGGGGGGGGGGGGGGGGGGGGGGGGGGGGGGGGGGGGGGGGGGGGGGGGGCGGGCGAAAUGGCAGAGCAGAGCACGUGCAAUUCUCUCACAAAACGACAAGAAACAGACGGCAAUUUCCGAGAAGAGGGAGGAGGGAGUGAUGAUCCUCUCCUCAGCUGUUUUCGGACGUGCUCGAGCGGAGCGGAGCGAAGCGAAGAGAGAUGGCUUGAGUGCGAUGAAACUGAGAGGGGCGCGGUGGGGGCGGGGGGGCCGCGCAAUGGCGCCAAAAUAACGCGUGCAAUUCUCUCAGCAAACGGCGGCAAAUUUCCAAAACGCAGCAGCGAUGAAGCUGUCAACUGUCGUGAGAUGCUCGAGCGGAGCGGAGCGAAGCGGAAGGAAGCGGAAUGAAGCGGAGCGGAGCGA